AUGCGCAAUCAGCAGGCGGGAGGAGGUGGACCCAUGCGAUCUGGAGGCGGAGGUGGUGGACCCAACAUGGGAGCCAUUGCCGGAGGUGGUGGGUUGCUCUUCCUCCUCGCGGGAGGCGGCAUCCUGCUCAGUCAGUCCUUGUUCAACGUUGAUGGUGGUCAUCGCGCAAUCAAGUACUCGCGCAUGAGUGGUAUCAAGCAGGAGAUCUACCCGGAAGGGACGCACUUGAUGGUCCCGUGGCUGGAGCGACCCAUCGACUACGACGUACGCGCCAAGCCGAGGAGCAUCGGCAGCUUGACAGGGACCAAGGACUUGCAGAUGGUCAACAUCACCUGCCGUGUGCUCAGCAGGCCCAGGGUCGACGCCUUGCCCACCAUCUACCGCGAGCUGGGCGCAGACUAUGAUGAGAGAGUUCUGCCCUCGAUUGUCAAUGAGGUCCUCAAAUCAGUUGUCGCCCAAUUCAACGCCUCCCAACUCAUCACUCAAAGAGAGAUGGUCUCGCGCCUCGUACGAGAGAAUCUCACCGCGAGAGCGCAACGCUUCAACAUCCUCUUGGACGACGUCUCCUUGACUCAUGUUACCUUCUCUCCCGAAUUCACUCAUGCCGUUGAGGCAAAGCAAGUAGCACAACAGACGGCGCUACGUGCCGCUUUCCUCGUCGACCAGGCUUUGCAGGAGAAGAAUGCUACCAUCGUAAGGGCACAGGGAGAAGCCAAGAGUGCGCAGUUGAUUGGUGAUGCGAUGAAGAAGAGUAAAGGCUUCUUGCAGCUCAGGAAGCUGGAGGCUGCGAGGGAUAUUGCUGGGAUUCUGGCUACUAGUCAGAACAGGGUCAUGCUGGAUGCGCAGAGUUUGCUGCUUAAUACGCAGGAUCAGGAUCCUCAGGAGCAGGCCAAGUGA